AUGGCCUUCUCAGCAGAGCAGCUGGCCUGCGUGUGUGAGGUCCUUCUCCAGAGUGGGAACGCCUCGCCAUUUUUCUGCGCCUCCUCCUCCUCCUGCCCCGGGGAGUUGGAGAGUGUGGUUAAGGCCCAGGCGGCAGUGGCCUUCCACCAGGGGCAUUUUCUUGACCUCUACAUGCUGCUGGAGGGAUUCCCUUUCUCCCCGUGCAGCCACCCGCUCCUCCAGCAGCUGUGGCUCAGGGCCCAUUACACAGAGGCUGAGAGACAAAGAGUGGCCGCUGUGGCCAAAUACCGUGUGAGACAAAAGUUCCCGCUACCUCGAACCAUCUGGGACGGAGAGGAGACCAGCUACUGCUAUAAGGAGAAACCCCGCAACAUACUCAGAGAGUGGUACCACUACAAACCUUAUCCUUCAAACUGUGAGAAAUGUGAGCUUGCAGCCGCCACAGGUCCGACGGUGACACAGGUCAGCAACUGGUUCAAGAACUGAAGGCAACGAGAGCGAGUGACCAUCGCACCCAAUACGUCGGCAGAACAGGAAAACAUGGGUUGGCCCUCUGGGAACAGCAACCUCUUGUUGCCGUUUGUGGGCGAUUAUCAGAGAAACACAUGA